AUGAAGAUCGCAAUCACUGGAGCUCGUGGAUCUGUAGGGAAAACCUUGGUGAAACUCUGUUCCGAAGCAGGUCACCAUACAGUUCAGAUCAAUCGCACUCAUACAGAACACGAUGGCACUCUAAAUUCUGAGAUGCGAACUGCUGACAUUGCCAACGAUUACGGAGCUGCACUUGAAGCCUUCAAAGGCUGCGACGCGAUAAUACACUUAGCUGCUGUUCCUGACCCAGUCGGAAAGGCAAAUUGGUAUGUCCAUAACAACAACGUCAACGCGGCCUUCAACGGAUUCCACGCUGCUGGUGAAUUGGGUAUAAAUCGUAUUUGUUAUGCAUCAUCGGUCAAUGCUAUCGGUUUGGCUUUCGCGAACAAGCCAUUGCAUUUCGAUUACUUCCCCAUCAAUGAAGAUGCGCCACAGCGGCCUACCGAUGCAUACGCUUUGGCUAAAGCCGAAGCCGAAUACCAAGCCAGAUGUUUCACUGAUUGGUUCCCGGGGCUAAGUAUAGCCUGUUUGAGAAUACAUGAAGUUGCCCCGUUGAAGGAAGUUAGAAAGAGACACAAGGAAAGAUGGUACGAAUCGGGGGUUCGACAGCUCUGGGGGUGGGUCAAUCCUCGUGCAGUGGCGAGAGCCUGUCUUCUGGCGGUUGAAAAGAGUGAAAAUAUAAAAGGAUUCGAAGUCAUAAAUAUCAUAUCACCGACUACGACCCAGGACACCCCAUCCCAAGAACUCGCUCGGAGCCAUUUUCCUCAGGCGGAGAUUAGAGGUGACAUGUCGAAGAACCAAGGAUUUUGGACUACUGAUAAGGCUGCCAGACUUCUUGGAUGGACACAUUAUGAAACAGAAUGA